GAGUAUAGAGAAUGCUAUAAAAUAGGGAAGUGUUGCUCACUGUUUAGGAGCUCUAGACUCAGAUUGCUUGAAUUUCCAAUUCUAGCCCUGUCUACUUACAGUUUGUGACCCUGGACAGUUUCCUAAUCUAUAUAGCAGGAAGAAGAAUAUUAACCCCAUUGUAAGGCUAUUGAGAGAAUUAUAUAUUAGUACAUGUAAGACCCUUAGUGCAGGUAUCUAUUGUUUUAUUAUUUUCAUUAUUAACCUGGGAUGUUUUGUGAUAUAUCUCCUCUCUUCCAUUCAGAGGAAGCACCAGCCUAACAUUUCAGUUAGGUUGAAAAGUAAUUUAAAUCUUUAUUCCAGCCUCUCAAAAAUGCCAAAGGGGAUAGCAUUCAUACCAUACUGUAAUACUACUUAAAAUCUGAUUUCUCCAUUUUUGAUCAAUGUCUUUGCAUGGUUAAUCCCAGACUUCCUUUUCUUUUUUAAAACUUGCCAAACUCAUAAUUUGAAUGGUCUCGUUCUUUUUGUCUUUUCCUCCCUUUCUCAAAUUUAUUCUUCCCUUUUCCAGGAGUAUCCAUCUCCCUUUAACUCUCUCCUUUGCCUGUUUGCGCGCUUUAGUUCAGACAUUAGUUCAGGACUUGGCUUAAUGGCCUGGCCAUUAAGAUUAUUGCAUUCACCUGACCUCAGUGAUUAGGGCAGCCAUCUUUGUAAACAGUCAGUGCACAUUACUAUACAUUACUAUUUACUGUCCUGGCUAUUGAUAAAAGAUGGCAUAAUUCUGGUCUUUAAGAAGCUCAGACUAGGCUUUCCUUUCCGAUCUGCCAUCUGCGGUGGAACCGCCUCCAAGAUGCAGAUUUUCGUGAAAACCCUUAUGGGGAAGACCAUCACUCUUGAGGUUGAACCCUCGGAUACAAUAGAAAAUGUAAAGGCCAAGAUUCAGGAUAAGGAAGGAAUUCCUCCUGAUGAGCAGGGACUGAUCUCAGCAAAGGCACGCAUUGACUACAACAUUCAAAAGUAGUCCACUCUUCAUCUUGUGUUGAGACUUCGUGGUGGUGCUAAGAAAAGGAAGAAGUCUUAUACCACUCCCAGGAAGAAUAAGCAUAAGAGAAAGAAGGUUAAACUGGCCAUCCUGAAAUACUAUAAGGUGGAUGAGAAUGGCAAAAUCAGUCGCCUUCAUCAGGCGUGCCCUUCAGAUGAGCAUGGUGCUGGAAUUUUCAUGGCUAGCCACUUCGACAGACAUUAUUGUGGCAAAUGUUGUCUGACUUAUUGCUUCAACAAACCAGAAGACAAGUAAUUGUAUAUGGGUUAAUAAUAAAAGACAUGAACUAACAUUUUAAAAAAAAGCUCAGACUAAUUGAGGAAUACCAACGUGUAAACAAAUGCGUGUAGUAUUUCUCUUUAUAACUCCCUCCCUUUCUCCUGGCUUCCAUCUAAUACACAUUUCCAUUAUAUACUGUAUUACUUCCUUUGUAAUCCUUAACCACAUUUAUUAUCAGUUGUUUAAUGUCUUUAGUCCUCAUUAGAUUAUAAAUUCCAUCAGGAUAAGGACUAUAAUUAACUGUUGGAUCUCUAGUACCUAGCACUCUGGCACAUAGAGGUGCUCCGUAAAUGUGGGUUGAAUGAAUGUUUUAACUGUAGUAAUAGAAAAAUAUAGAAAGUGAAGAGGGAAUGAUUGGUUUACUGAUGGGGUAGUGGAGACGUAAGCCUGGAUAAAUGCACAGGAUUGUUGAAACACCUUGGUGUAUUUUGGGAACUGUAAGUAAUUCACUUUUGUUGAAACAUGAUGUAUGAGGUGGGAAGUGGUGGUAGAUGAAUCUGGAGAGAGGGUGAAGGCCAAAUCAUGAAGAGCCCUGAAUGCUACACCUACAGGUUGGGGAGCCAUUGACUGGUUUUAAGUAGGGAAAAGAAUAUAUUAGCUGCAAAAGUGAUAUAUGGAUUGGAGGAGAAUGAGAUUAAAGAAGAGAAACUGGUUAGGAGGCUAUUUCAGUACAGAUGAAAGAUACUAUGAAAGCCUAAGGUGAAAAAGAAAAAUAUGGAAGAAGCGAGGAGAUGGAGACCUGGUGUGCAGAAUUCAUGUGGACUCAUGGAGAUUUCCACUGUAAAUUUAAUUUUGUUUUAGCAGUAGAGACAUUGUAUUAGCCACUUUUU